GUAAUUAAGCGAAAUUUCAAGAACGAGCAAUGCCCAUGAAUCCUUAAUCUCCUAGCAAAAGACCCCAUGUCAAUACAAACCAAAUUUGGACUCAUAUGGGCUUUUAAAAAUAAACAAAAACAAGUGGAUUGACCAGGUCUUAGUUUUCAUUCAGAUAUUCUACCAAACAUUUGUGGUGCAUUAAUUAACUCACUGACUGUCAAAAAGAGAGAAAUGGGAAAAGAAAAGGAUGGUUUUUGUGUGGUGGGGGUUUUAGUGCUAUUUUUGUUUUUGGGGUCAUCAGUUACUAGUGAUGAUAGCCCGAAAAGGUGGAGAAAGGCUAUGAUAUCAGGUGAAACAAUGGCUUCAUCAAUGUUGAUCAAUAGAGUUCCAUCAUCCAUUGUGUUACCGCUUCAUGGGAAUGUCUAUCCUAAUGGGUACUAUAAUGUGACUCUCAACAUUGGCCAACCCUCAAAACCCUACUUUCUUGAUGUAGAUACUGGAAGUGACCUUACAUGGCUCCAGUGUGAUGCUCCCUGUGUCCAAUGCACAGAGGCUCCUCAUCCAUAUUACCGACCCCGUAACAAUCUAGUACCUUGCAUGGACCCCAUUUGUCAAUCCUUGCACUCUAACGGUGACCACAGAUGUGAAAACCCAGGGCAGUGUGACUAUGAGGUUGAGUAUGCUGAUGGUGGCUCAUCCUUUGGCGUACUUGUGAGGGAUACCUUUAAUCUCAAUUUUACAAGUGAAAAGCGUCAUAGUCCUCUUCUGGCCCUUGGAUGUGGAUAUGAUCAGUUUCCAGGCGGAUCUCAUCAUCCCAUAGACGGAGUGCUUGGCCUUGGCAAGGGAAAGUCUAGCAUUGUCUCACAGCUUAGUAGUCUGGGUUUGGUGAGAAAUGUGAUCGGCCACUGCUUAAGUGGGCAUGGUGGAGGAUUCCUCUUCUUCGGGGAUGAUCUUUAUGAUUCGUCUCGUGUAGCUUGGACACCAAUGUCACCUGAUGCGAAACAUUACUCUCCUGGACUCGCUGAAUUAACUUUUGAUGGGAAAACUACCGGGUUCAAAAACCUGCUCACAACUUUUGACAGUGGGGCAUCUUAUACAUACCUUAAUUCUCAGGCAUAUCAAGGUCUAAUUUCUCUGCUGAAGAAAGAAUUAUCCGGGAAACCUUUAAGAGAGGCAUUGGAUGAUCAAACACUCCCACUUUGUUGGAAAGGCCGGAAACCUUUCAAAAGCAUACGUGAUGUCAAGAAAUACUUCAAGACCUUUGCAUUGAGCUUCACGAAUGAAAGGAAAUCUAAAACUGAGCUUGAAUUCCCACCAGAAGCUUACCUCAUAAUAUCAUCCAAGGGAAAUGCUUGCUUGGGAAUUCUAAAUGGCACAGAAGUAGGGCUGAAUGAUCUAAAUGUCAUUGGAGACAUAUCAAUGCAAGACAGAGUGGUGAUCUAUGACAACGAGAAAGAACGGAUUGGAUGGGCCCCUGGAAAUUGCAACAGGCUUCCUAAAUCCAAAAGUUUCAUCAUUUGAUCAGAAUGAGGGAUGUUAUAAUCAUUAAAAACAAAAGCCCUGUACAAAAAGCUUCUAAGCUGUUAGUCUCUAGCAUUGUGUUCUUCAUACAUUAUGUGCAGCAUAAUUAUCCUUGUAAAGUAUGUAUUUGUGAAACGGUGAAUCAUACAUACAUAGCCCACAGUUAUAAUUAAUAAAUAUUUAAUCAAAAUACAGAGUCGUUUUACUUUCA